AUGAUCUCUGCCUCUACUUUGGCAGCCCUCCUUGCUUUGGGCCAUGGUGUCCUUGGACAGCAGGCUGGCACCUCGACUGCUGAGAACCACCCUCCCAUGAGCUACCAGAAAUGUACCACUGGAGGUCAAUGCACCACUGUCAACACAAAUAUUGUGCUUGAUGCCAACUGGCGCUGGUUGCACUCGACCAACGGAUACACCAACUGUUACACUGGCAACAAGUUUGAUAGCACUCUUUGCCCUAACAAUGCGCAAUGUGCUGCCAACUGCGCUCUUGAUGGAGCAGCCAGCGGCAACUCUGUCAGUUUGAAGCUCAAGCAGGGCAACAAUGUUGGCUCUCGUGUCUACUUGAUCAACGGCAACAAGUACGAAAUGUUCAAGCUGAAGAACCAGGAAUUCACUUUCGAUGUCGAUGUUUCUGGUCUUGGAUGUGGUAUCAACGGUGCCCUGUACUUUGUCAAGAUGGACGCCGACGGCGGUCUUGCCAAGUACCCUACCAACAAGGCUGGAGCAGCCUAUGGCACAGGCUACUGUGAUGCUCAGUGUCCCAGAGACCUCAAGUUCAUUGCCGGCAAGGUGGGUAAUUUCUCUUCUUUCCUUGGAAAUCAUCACGCUAACUCUCGUACANNGGCAAACGUUGAGGGAUGGAAGCCAUCGAGCGGAGACCCUAACUCUGGAAGCGGAAACACUGGUUCGUGCUGUACUGAGAUGGAUAUCUGGGAGGCCGUAAGAGAAACAUGUGCCAUCCUUCGAUCCGACUCUUUACUGACCGUUUUUGCANNGAACUCCAUCUCCACCGCCCUUACUCCCCACCCUUGCACCACCAACGGUCCUUGCACUGGCAACACCACUUGCGGUACUGGCGAGUCUCGCUACGACGGCUACUGCGACAAGGAUGGUUGUGAUCUCAACCCCUAUAGAUGGGGUGCCCAGAACUUCUUCGGACCUGGCAAAACUGUCGAUUCAAAGGCCAAGAUGACUGUGGUUACACAGUUCAUCACGAACGAUAACACUGCUACCGGUACACUCACUGCCAUCCGCCGCCUCUACGUCCAGAACGGCAAAGUCAUCCAGCAGGCCAACACCAACGUUGCUGGUAUCACCCAGACCAACCAGAUCACCGACAACUUCUGCAAGCAGCAAAAGGCCGUCACUGGUGACCCUGAUUCGUUCUCGCAGAAAGGUGGUCUUGCAGGCUUCGGCAAGGACCUUGAUGCUGGCAUGGCUCUCGUCUUCUCUGUCUGGGAUGAUUAUGAUGCCAACAUGCUUUGGCUUGACUCCACUUACCCUGUUGGCUCCAACAAGGUUGGUGCUGCUCGUGGUACUUGCCCCACCACCUCUGGCAAACCCGGCGAUGUUGAGUCUCAGCAAGGCAAUGCUGCUGUCACAUUCAGCAAUGUCAAGUUUGGCGCCAUUGGCUCUACCUACAAGGCUCAGUAG